AUGACCUCGGUUCGCUCCGCUGCCGCUGCCUUGCUGGCCUUGGCUGCCAUCAUCAACGCCCAGAUCAAGCUACAAUCGCUAUCUUUCUUUUCAAUACUCGGCAACACAGCCAUUACCAACACCGGCGCGACGACCGUCGACGGAAAUAUUGGCAUCUUUCCCAACAAUGUUGUCGAAGGCUUCCCUCCUGGCGUCGUCCAUGACGGAGCCAUCUAUAAAAUAGGUCCCAAAACAGGCCAGGCCAAGGACGAUCUUGUCGUCGCCUUCAUCCUAGCCUCCAGUCUGCGACCAACCGCCACGGUGCCGACGGAGCUGGGCAAUACGGCGUACGGCCCAGGCGUGUACCUCAUAGGAGAAAGUGGAAAUGCUUCCCUCAACGGCACCCUAACCCUCCACACCGACGACCCGAACAAGAUUUGGGUCUUUCAAAUGAGGAACAGCUUGGCCAUUGGAAACAAUGCGCGAGUUGUGCUCGCGAACGGCAGUGCUUCCUGCAACGUCUUUUGGAAGGUGGGAGGCGUCGUCAGGAUGGGAACAAGCGUGGACGUGAGCGGCAUUUUCCUGUCCGUCGGCUCCAUCCAUGUAGGAUCCGGCGGGACGAUUAACGGCGGCCUAUACACGCUCAACGAUCAAGUAUCGCUCGAUUCCGAUACCAUCCAUCGCUGCGUUCCGCCUCCUUCGACAACAUCAACGGCGGCAACGAAUUUGGAUGCCGCUACGCCCCCCCCUCCAGAGGCUACAACCACAAGCACGACGGCUCGCGAUGCCGCGACGACCGCGGAUCCGUCGGCUACCGCAGAUGCUCCGGCGACGGAUGCCACAAGUAUGGAUACCACGACGGCGCAUGUGACGACAAGUGCAGCAUCCACAGACGGCACAGGUGCCGUCGCUGCGACGACAAGCACUACGGCCACCGCAUCGACGACGGAUGCCGAGACUCGCUGCACCGGAGGCACGACGGCCUCGAAAGCCACCCCUCCUGCCACCAGAGGCGGCCGAGGCGACAGGGUGGUUGCCACUACGGUAAUCACCUUUACCGUGACGUGUCCCGUGGCCCCAACGGUCAUCACGUCAUGUGGCCAGACGUUUUACAUCACAUCACCGGGCGCCACAGUGCUCCGAGCGACCUCGACAGCGACUCUGCAAAAUGCGCCCGCCUGCAAAGAGUGUGCCACGAGUCCGCCGUACCGGGGCACGGCCAUCGGAAUGCGGUGCCCGGCCUGCACCUCCCGAGGCCCGUUGGGGUCGAAGACGGGGCAAGCAGCCGACGGGAGGCCGCAUUCGUCUCGACGCAUAGGACCUCCAGACCCAAGCGACGUGACGGCAGCUGCUUCGAGCACCGCCAGCCUGCGUGUGUGUGACAUUCUAGCCGUCGUUCUUGUUCUUUCUGCUACUUUCUUCUGA